UAUCCUUUCCUCCAUCUUCUUUCCUGGUAUCACUGCUGCUCCCCAGUUUCCGCGCCUCGAUAAUCCACGACCAACGCAGUGCCAUGUGUCUCGCAUUCCGAUAACUGUUCACCGCCUCAUUAUCAAAUCAAAUCAUCACCGUCUUCGACAAAACGCCGUGUCCGCAGUCGAACUCUUCACUAGAUGACCCGCGAAAAUGGCCAUUCAACCCUUCAAGUCCUUUUUCCAGAAUAUCUAUCAUGCUGAAAAGUUGCUCAAGAGACGAGAAUUUUAUCAAAAAUUUGUAUAUGGUGUGCUUAAUCGGUGUCAUUCACAAUUUCCAAACGGAGAAAAGGUGGAAGGAGAUGUGCUGAAAGAUGCACCACGAGAUUCUUCAAGGAGUAAAGUUGAGAAAACAGCGAACUAUGAAUCUAGACUCGGCAAAUACAGUUCUGGUGAAAAAGAGCUCGGAGAUAGCAAGUGGAGGUUAGAUUUAGAUUGGGUCUCAAAAGCCCUUGAACCAGCCCUGCAAUUGUGUAGGUGGGCUGUGACUACAGGAAAUGGAGUAGGAAACAGACCUCCUCCUAGCAGUCGAUCUCUUGUAGAGAUCAUUGCAACCAUUCAACGCAGUAAGACCGGGAUCGAGGGUUGGAGCUUGAGUGAUCUUACCAUUGGGCUAUUUCUUAUAUAUCUACGUCAGGCAUCUUUAAACCCAUUUGAAGAUGUUAAGGGCGUUCAGAUAUUUUCAGAUGCAAUAGUCCAUGAUCUUAUCUAUCACAUUGAGUUGGCAAAAGGUUGUUACAAGAAUGAUGCUUCAGCUCUUGCAAGGAAUACCAUGCUUCGAGAGAACAAUAUCUUGAAAUUUGUAAAAAAUUCUAGCGUGAUGAGGCCUGGCUAUUAUAUAGGGAUUGAUCAUCGAAAGAAAUUCGUGAUUCUUGGCAUCCGUGGAACUCAUACUGCUUAUGACCUUAUUACUGACAUUGUUUCUUCAAGUGAUGGAGAGGUCACGUUUGAAGGCUAUUCAACCCACUUCGGCACAGCUGAAGCAGCUCGUUGGUUUCUUACUCAUGAGAUUGGAACCUUGAAAAAGUACUUAGAGAAAUACAAGGGAUUUAGGUUGAGAUUAGUGGGCCAUUCUCUUGGAGGUGCCACAGCUUCUUUACUUGCAAUAAUGCUUCGUCAAAAGUCAUCUAAAGAGCUAGGCUUUAGCCCUGACAUUGUUACUGCUGUUGGAUAUGCAACUCCACCUUGUGUUUCUAGAGAGCUUGCUGAAAACUGCUCUGGUUUUGUUACAACUGUGGUAAUGCAGGAUGAUAUUGUACCCAGGUUAAGUGCCGCUUCUCUAGCCAGGCUGAGGAGUGAAAUCCUUCAAACUGAUUGGAUGAGCGUAGUAGAGAAGGAGGACUGGAGAAGUGUCAUAGAUUUGGUCACAAAUGCAAAGCAGGUUGUGUCUUCUGUACAAGAUGUUGCUCGUAAACUUGCUGAUUAUGCGAAGUUCAGAAAUAACAAUACUUCUUCUGAUGAUCCCUUGAAGAAGGAACUAACUGCUGUUCCUGUUGUCCCUUUGACCUCUAAAGAAGACAACAAUGUAAUGGUCCCCAAAGAUGAAGCUGCCGGUGUGGUGCCGGAGGAGUUAUUUGUUCCAGGCACAGUUUACUACUUAAAGAGAAAUCUUGACAUUACUUCCAGCAACACCAAUGGCAGGGCAAUAGAGUUUUUCACACUCUGGAAGAGGCAACCUGGUGAACAUUUCCAGAGAAUAGUGCUCUCAAGCAACAUAAUAUCAGACCACAAAUGUGACAGCCAUUACUAUGCCCUAAGAGAUGUACUGAAAGGUUUGCCCGGGUCAACAGAUGAAGCCAUUUUCAGAUGAAUGAGAUUGCUUUCAUUUCAUGCACAUUGUAUUACAAUCUUCCUUUCCAUAUUGUAAAGGUUUUCCAUGGCAAUUUAAGCAUCAUAUUAUCAUCUUCA